CUUGGCCUGCAUUUUCAGCGAGCGUCGCGUCGCAUGUGACAGUUGGAAGCACACGCCGUGCUUUGACAUUUCGAGGCACGUGACGCUUUAAUAAUGCUCAUAUUCGGUCACCAGAGAGCCGUGCAAUAGCUUUUGUGCACCAUUAAUUUUCAACCGCUGUUUUCCGGUAACCACAUCGGCUGAAGAUUUAGCAGAGCCACAAACCAAGACCACAGACACUGAACGUCAUUCCUGAAAGCUUCUACAAGCUACCUUGCUGAAAAGUUUGACAAUGGCUACAUGCGAUGUUAAAGCACCCAAUGCUGAGCAGCCACAGGGCGAACCGGGUGGAGAGGAGAGUGGUGCGACUGCAGGUGCGAGUGCAGCGAUGGCACUUGAAUUGCCAAGCUAUGUGGAGGACCUUCCAGAUGACGUCCUGCUCCUGAUUCUCGGCCGGCUCGACAUCAAGACGCGGGUCAUCGUUGAAAGAGUGUGUCAUCGGUGGAAAGAACUUUCAAAACGACUCUGGAGAGCUCAGUGCAAACUCUCUUUUACAAACACCUUCUCAGACGGCCUGGGAAAGCCCUUGACUGUCAAGAUCCUGCGGGCCAUCCUAAUCCGCUGUGGGGACUCGUUGCGCGAGCUGCGCUUGGCCAUGCCAACGCAAAAGCUGGGCCACAGGGCAGUCAAGGCCAUUGCGUCACGCUGCCCAAACCUAGAAUACUUGGAUGCCUCUGGUGUACAGCUGAGCAACACAUCUGUUCUGGGCCUGGCUAACAAGUGUCCAAAGCUCAAGUAUAUUCGUCUGAAAGAUUGCAGCAACGUUAAGGAAAAGAGCCUCCGGAGGCUUCUUCAGCGCUGCAAGAGCUUGGAGCACUUCGAUGUGGCUGGCAUGUACCACUUCACUGGGGAGUGUUUCAACGUUCAAGGGCUGAGGCUUCGUCGCCUGGUGCUGCGUGACCUUUCGGGGCUGACAGUGAGGGGCACCUCGAGGAUCGCCACCAAGUGCAGUUCUCUCACAGAGCUUGUACUUCACAACUGCUACACGAUUGCAGACCACGAGCUUGAGUCUCUUUGCCAGAACAUGAAGGCACUGAAGACCCUGGAAUUGGCAAGGUCACUAUAUCAUGCUAGCAGUAAUGGUAUUAGUGCUAUCGGCACUUUGCACCAUCUGGAGACCCUGGACUUGAGCAGUAACGGUUCUGUUGACGAUGCGGCCAUGGCCUCCAUUUGUUUGGGCUGCACCAAACUCAGGAUCCUGAACAUUACAUACUGUGAUAAGGGCAUCACGGAUGAUGCCAUGAGGCACGUGGCCAAGUGCCGCGAGCUGAGGGAGCUGAAGAUGAACUACGUAACCAAGCUCACCAAUGCAGGCAUGCACAGUCUCUCGUGCCAUGGUCGUCUGCAUUCAGUGGAAGCUCGUGGAUGCCAGUACCUUGGUAAUUCAGGUGUGCAGGCGUUGGUGGAAUUGUGCCGUGACCUGAGGCUACUUGACAUCAGUGGCUGCGAGCUUGUGUCGACUCCGGCCAUGGAAGCCUGUGCAGCAAUGGUUGCCGAGCGGCCACACGUCCUGACAGUGAUUGUCGGAGGAACAGCCGUUGAACGAAGUGACGCUGCCACAGACAGCAAGGGCAAGUUAAAAAUCGAUUACAGUGACUACAGCUGGGAAGGCCACCGGUCUGGAGACAUACAUUUAGAAGCCGACGACUACUAUGACGGGGAUCUCCACGAUGCAGAUGCUGCCGAAUACUACUACGUGGACUCAAGUGACUAUGAAGGAGAUGCUGACGAUUACUACUACUUAGACCCAAGUGACUAUGAAGGUGAUAACGAUUAUGACUUCUGGGACCCAAGUGACUAUGAUGCCGAGGGCCUCUUCAGAGCUGGCGGCGUGCUUAUCAACUUCGGCGGCUGGGAUGACCCCGACAGCGAUGACUACGACGACUUCUGGGGUCAAGGUCCAGCUGACAAAGAUUUAAUCCCAGAGGACAAUGCAUUUGCAGAGGAAAUCGCCUACCAGGAAAAUGUAAUCGUGGAAGAAAGCGAACUUCAGGAAAACGCGCUCCAGCUGGAAAUUGAAAUCGCAUUUCGGGAAUAUGAAAUUAUGGUGGACGAAAAUGCUGUCGCGGGGGAACUCGCAAGCUUAGAUGAAAAUGCUUUCGAAGAAGGCCCACUAGGAGAUGAAUUUUCGUUUUGUGAAUGAAGCGAGACUGCAACACUGUUGUUUUUCCAAAGACAAAAUUUUUCAUACCAUUGGAUUAAUACACUACUAGCCCACUGCCUUUCUUUUAAUGUUCUUGCGGUUUCCCUUAUGAUAUACUUCUCGCUGCAUUCACUUGCCGUAACUAUUGGGAAAAAUUUUGCUUCGCCCAUUUCUGGGUCCUGACACACACACGCUACCUCCACUUCACCCCACAUAAGUCAUGCUGCCAUAUGUGUGUUCGUAAUCUUUUUAUGCUACUGAUCAUUUUUCGUUAUACAAAACUGCGCCCAAAUUUUAUGAAGCAGGACAUUUAAUGAAAUCGAGAAAGUAUGUCUAGUCGCAUGGGGCACUGUUGAGCAAAACACAUAACGGACAUCAUGACAGUUGCUCAGAAUUUCCUCAACAAGUUGCUGUUCAUUAAAAAAAUGUUGCAAGCUAGUGCAAGUUUCCUUUCAUGGGCGAGGCAGUCAGAAGCUCUUUUAAUAAAUAAUUGUUUAGCUUCUAAAUAUAUACUGUAUCGAAAGCCUUUAUUUAUUACAGCAUGAACCAAGUUUGUGUCCAUUUUAAACACCGACAUAAUUAUUGUGCCUCUUCGAAAUACAACUUGCCUUAAGUUUGCUGUGCUUAGAUGUGUGUGUGUGUGUGAACAUUGUUUUGUUUUUUUCCUCCUGUUCAGUAUUCAGAAGUAUCGUCCAUUUACAGUUUGCCGUGUUUGUGUGUUUUGUAGCUGAACUUAGCCGACAUGCAUAUUUUUGUAGUUGGGAGCAAUCACAAAAUGAGCUUUGGAUGCGUUAAAACAUAAAUGUGUUUCAGGCCUCAUGUUUUUUACAUCAACAAGUGUUUCAGUGGCUGUAAAAGCAUUAUUGUGAAGUAGGGGUUAAACGGGACAGAUCCAAAAGUUUCCAGUAUUUUAUUUGCUCUGCAGUGUUUGUGAUAAAUUGCAAGUGGCACCCCCUUCUAGGACGUUUCAUUUCACCUUGUGAAUGUGCUCAACUUUGGAGCCAUGUGCAAACAGUCGGAAGGUACCAGACGUUGUACACAGCAUUAUUGUUUGUUUGUUUAUUGUCACUGACUUGCAUUUGAUGUUGAAUAAAGCGAAGGAAAGCUGCA